AUGGAGGCGUCGCGGUUCGGCUUCGACCCCUCGCUGCCGUCGGCGUGCAAGUUCGACCCGACCGACGCCGACAUCGUGGCGCACUACCUCCUCCCGCGCGCCGCCGGCGUCCCCGACCCCCCAUACGCGCACGCCGUCAUCGAAGACGAUACCUGCAGCUGCCCGCCGUGGGAGCUCCUGCGCCGGCACGGCCACGGCGGCAGCGACCACGCCUUCUUCGUCGGGCCCCCGGGUGACCCGGCCGCGAACGGCGGCCGCGCGUGCCGCCGCGUCCGCGGCGGCGGCGGCCUGUGGCGCCGGCAGAAGGGCGAGGAGUCGGACCUCGUCGUUGCGCGCGGCGGCCGCGGCGGCGCCGAGCUGCGGCUCAGGUACCGGCGGUACAACCUGGCUUACUACCGCGCCGGUGAUCCGAGCACCAGCGGGUGGGUCAUGCACGAGUACCAUAUCCUCCGGCCCAAGCUGCUCCCCGGCGCCGUGCUCUCGCGCAUCAGGAUCACCGACAAGGGCAAGGAGGAGCGCAAGAAGCAGCAGGAGGCCGCCGCCGCCGCCGCCAAGAAAGUUGCCCCGGGACCAGCCCACCAGCCGGGCCGGAGCAACUACCUCGUCGACGACCACGCCGCCGCCGUGGCGAGCGACGCCGAGGGAACAAGCAGCGGCGCGCAGUCUGGUGUCAUCCCCCAAGGUGACGAUGGCAACGGCGACGGCGGCGGCGUAGGCGAGACGACCGGCGGCUACCGCACGAAUUUCCUCAGCGUCGGGGAGGGCGACGGCUACUAG